AUGUUGUGGUGUUGGACCGUCUCCCUGAUCUUGAGGCCGGCUGUGGCUCAUCCGCAGGCUGCUACAACUACGGGCCCGCCUUGCCGCAAAGACGAGAUUUACACUUCCCUUAUGCGAGAGGAUGAUGGGGAGUUUUGCCAGAGCUUGAUGAAUGACCAUUGCGUGACGGUCAGCACGCCUGAAGCGUACACCAGUCUUGGGGAUGAUGAGAUAUCCUCUUAUCGGCUACUCGAACAUGCCUUCAGACACUCGGAGCUCGGUGCCAGGUUCGACGGUGUCAAGCCAAGCUUCAGAGACCGGUUCGGGGACUACGGGAUCUGCUUCCUCUUCAAGAGGCGAUGA